AUGCGAUUCAUCAGUAACUGUCGACAAAAAUCUAGCAACAAUCGAAUUCUGGAACAACAUUCUACAAUUCAAGAACUCCGAUUAGCUCUCCAUGUUAUUAUCAAGGUAAUUCAGCAUGAAGUUUUGGGUGAUGAAAUACAUCGUGUAAUAUCAAAUGAACCGUGUAAGAAGAUCGCCGCUUUAAGCCCAAUCUACGAAGAUGGAGUGCUGCGCGUAGGAGGAAGACUUCAAAACUCAUGGCUAUCCUUUGAUUCAAAACAUCCUUAUCUACUUCCCAAACAUUUCAUAACCGAUCAAAUCAUUCGGACAUACCACGAAGAAAAUCUGCACGUCGGUCCGACAGCUCUGUUGGCACUACUUCGUUCUCGUUACUGGUUGCUGGACGGGAGGUCGUCAAUAAGAAAAGUUACCAGAAGCUGCAUUACUUGCUUUCGAGCGAAACCUAAAGGAUCCAGCCAGAUGAUGGGAGUUCUUCCAUCUUGCCGAGUGACACCUGCUGAACCAUUUUUGAGGACUGGCAUUGAUUAUGCUGGACUAGUGAUUGUACGAGAAGGACGACACAAACCGAAGCUAGUCAAAGCGUAUAUUGCAGUAUUUGUCUGCAUGUCAACCAAAGCAGUUCAUUUGGAAUUAGUUUCGGAUAUUUCGACCGCUGCUUUCCUAGCCGCUCUACAGCGCUUCGUGAGUAGAAGGGGCCUUUGUCAGCAGAUAUACUCUGACAACGGUUCCAACUUCAAGGGGGCAAAAUCAGAACUACACGAGCUUUAUCUUCUAUUUCAAAACCGCAAGGCAAUUGAUGAAAUUGUAGCUUUCUGCCAACCAAAAGAGAUCUCAUGGAAUUUCAUCCCGCCCGAAGCUCCAAAUUUCGGGGACCUGUGGGAAAGCGCCGUGAAAUCAGCUAAGUAUCACCUGAAGAGGACAUUGAAGACCGCUCAUCUUUCUUUUGAGGAAUACGCUACCGUGCUCAGCCAAGUGGAAGCAGUAAUGAACUCUCGACCUUUAUGCUUAACAUCGGAUCCGGAAGCGGCAAUUCUAACGCCUGGCCAUUUUUUCGUCCUUUGA